ACUGUGAAAGCAAAGAAGACAGGAUGGAACAGGCAAGCCAUGGCCGAAGAAAAUUCAAAAUCCAAAGCCAAGAUUGACGAUGAAAACUUCUUGACCAGGUCGCUUUUGGUGUCCUCAGGCGAUCAAUCGGGUUGGUGACUGACAUUAACGUCCAUAAAUCCACAAAUCCACAAAUCAAAUGGCGGAAAAUGAAAUUCAGAUAUUGCUUCCAUUCUUCAGAUUUGCCCUAGUUUCAAAAUGUGUUCUGAAUCUUCAGAUUAUCCUGUUAAAUCUUGUUUGUUGUUGUUGUUGUUGUUGAUUUGCACCUUCUUCUUCCAUUGUUGCAGCUCCGCCAAUUUCUCCUUCUCUUCUUUCCCCGAUUUGACCAAUAUCACUCUCGUCAACAGUGCGUCAAGAGGCACGGUUCUCAAUCAUCCUUCUCUCCGCCUCACCGACAACCAGAUCGGCGGCAGCAUCGCCAACGACACCGGAAGAGCUUUCUUCUCGGAGCCGAUUCAACUGUGGGAUCCAACCACCAACAUAACUGCGGAUUUCACUACUUAUUUUGAGUUUGUGAUCUUGUUUUCCAACGGUAGGCCGAACGCCUCCGCCGGCGGAAUCGCUUUCUUCAUAGCUUCAGAGAAUUCCACAUCGCCUCCUUUGAAUUCCGGCGGCGGUUGGCUAGGGUUAUUCAAUCAAUCGAAUGACGACAAUCCAUCCAAUCAGAUGGUCGCCGUCGAGUUCGAUAUUUUCCGAGAUCCAUGGGAUCCUAGCGAUAAUCAUGUCGGCGUCGACGUGAACUCCAUCGUCUCCGUCGCUAAUCGUACUUGGAGUAACACGAUGGUCUCCGGAGAUAUUUUGGGCGCACGAAUCACUUACAAUGGAACAUCCAGGAGGCUGGAUGUUACGCUGAAAGAUCCUCAGGUUCCAAACGAGUCGAUAACUUUGAAUCUUACUGAUAUUCCCAUUGAUUUGAAGGAAAUUCUUCCGCCGAGAGUGAUCGUUGGCUUCUCUGCAUCAACAGGACAGUGGAUCCCAAUUCAAGCAAUCAGAAGUUGGAAUUUCACUUCGAGUUUGGAUCUGAUUGUUGAAACUGGAAACGGUGGGGGGAAAUCCAAUUGGUGGAUUGUGGGGCUGGUUAUUGGACUGGUGGGUUUGGUAUCUCUGUCUGGUUUGUUAUUUGGAAUCUGGUGGAGGAGAAAUAGGAGGAAACUGAAAGAAAGAGAAGAAGGAGAUGAUGAUGAUUUUGAAGAUGAUGAAGAAAUUGGCAUGGUGAACACUGUUGAUGAAGACAUAAAAGGAACUGGGCCAAAGAGAUUUGCUUAUAAGGAACUGUUUAAAGCAACCAACAACUUUUGUGAAGAGGGGAAGCUUGGACAAGGAGGUUUUGGUGGUGUUUACAAAGGAUUUGUGGCAGAACUAAACAUGGAAAUUGCAGCAAAGAAGAUAUCAAGCAAUUCCAGACAGGGCAAAAAGGAGUACAUCUCUGAGGUGAACAUCAUAAGCCGUUUACGACACCGGAACCUGGUUCAACUCGUCGGAUACAGCCACGAGCGUGGCAAUUUCCUACUCGUUUACGAGUACAUGCCGAACGGGAGCUUGGACUUCCAUUUGUUCGGGAAAAAACCGCGCAUCCCCUGGCCUAUAAGAUUCAAAAUAGCCCAUGGCAUAGCCUCUGCCUUGCUCUACCUCCAUGAGGAGUGGGAGCAAUGUGUUGUCCACAGAGACAUCAAGUCAAGCAACAUAAUGUUGGACUCAAACUUCAACGCGAAGGUCGGCGACUUCGGUCUAGCCAGGCUUGUCGACCAUGGCCUCCGCUCGCCAACGACAGUCGUGGCAGGCACCAUGGGCUACCUAGCUCCAGAGUCCCUUCUUACCAGCAAGGCGAGCAAGGAAUCAGACGUGUUCAGUUUCGGGGUCGUGGCGUUGGAGAUAGCCUGUGGGAGAAAGGCAGUGGAGCACCAUGAAGAAGAAGCAAAGAUCAGUUUGGUGAGUUGGGUUUGGGGGCUGUAUGGACAAGGCAGGAUCAUAGAAGGAGCUGAUAAGGCAUUGAAUGGAGAGUUCAGCCAAGAAGAGAUGGUGUGUUUGAUGACUGUGGGGCUUUGGUGUGCGCACCCAGAUCAUAACCUGAGGGCUUCCAUAAGGCAAGCAAUUCAGGUUCUGAACUUUGAAGCCCCUUUGCCCAAUCUCCCAACUUACAUGCCUGUGCCUAUGUUCUAUGCUCCCUCAGUUGCCAAUCAAAACCCUUUUUCUUAUACUUACUCAACAACCAACACAAACAGCCAAUUAUCUCAGCAAUCUGAUACUUCUCAGCCUGUUUCCUCCAAGUCAUCCUUGUAAAUUCUUCAUUCUUUUCGAUGGGUUCGGGGUAAAUUCCCCGUCGCUCUCUUUAGUUUGUCUUAGAUUAAAAAAUUUAUACGAAGAUUUAGGCUCGAGAGCUUUUCUUUUGAA